UGCGGCAACAGGGAACGGCGCACAAGCCGAAACCUCGGCAACCCGGGACCGCGAUGCCGAACCCCGACGAGAAAUCCAGCACUGUGUCCUGCGCUGACAAAUACUUCGGCCUCGAGCUGCUGUUCAAGUUAUGCAAGGACACCCUGAAGUCCAAGAGCGACGCGCUCGUGCUUCUCGUUCACUACCAGCUUGCGAAAAGCGGCAAGCGCUGUCACGGCACAGGAGAGACGUGGACUCAAGGCUCACAAAGCACAGAGCUGCUGCCUGACGGCUGGAAUGACAACCAGUCCCUGUAUACACUGCGCUAUGCCUCCGUACAGGGUUCCGAUCGCUACAUUCUCAAGGUCAUCCCUUCUGGAGGCUUUUUGCUGGUGAACGUGUUGAACAUCCGCAAGGAGAAGACAGCUUCAACCAAUCUCGCCAUGAACACGUAUACAAGCGGCGAGUUCAAAGAGCUAUCCAGGACAUACAAGAACUUGGAUGAGGUGAUGUCCAAGCUGAAGACGGAAGUGGUUUCGGCACUGGACUCUAUAGACAGUUCCACCCAGGCCAUGUCGUCACGUAACGCUUCACGCAUGGUGUCUCAGGAGAACAAUCCCCUGCACAUCCCCAGCAGGCAGCCUGGCAUUGAGUGGUCCCCGCUGCAGGAGAUUCCACGGGUGGGCCAGCGGGAUUUGAACCCCUUCUAUCAGGGGCCGCCUGGUGGUGGCAUGCUCAUGGAUCCCCGACAGCUGCCCCGGCCGCAUCACUCAGACCCCGGUGUCGGCAUCCCCGGCAUUCCCAGGGGAUCCAUUCCACCUGGUGCCAGGUUUGACCCAUUUGGGCCUCCACGACCUGAUGGGCCACCGGGUGUACCCGGAAAUCGGUUUGCCGGCCCAAAUCCGGAUCACCUCCCGCCACCGCCAGAUUACGACGACAUGUUCAGCUGAGCUGAUUGUAAUAUUUUUUUCAUAAACAAUUCUUUCUAUGACCUCCA